AUGACAGUAGAAUUUCAAUUUGCCAAAAAAUUUACUGGGUCUGCGUAUACAAAAGGAUAUUAUAAAGUAUCUGGGUGUAAAACUCCUGGAGAAGGAGUUAAUACUCUAAUGUUUACUUUUCCUUUAGAUGGAUGUGGUACAACUAUUCGAAGUCAGGGAGGCUAUGGUGAUAAUAAAGUUUGGUAUCAUAAUACUGUCAUAAUUAUGUAUGAGACUUAUUUGGGAAUUUUGGAGAGCUUUGACAGAUCUUUUGAAUUACGAUGCGAAUUAGAUGACAAAAUUAAAAAAGUAUCGUCACACGUUACUGUUCCUAUGCUGGCAUCUCAAUCAGUGGGUUUUAAAUUUGAGAUGCCAAAAAUAUGGAUGAAAUUAGUGGCAGGAAAAGAUCCAUCGGCUCCUCCCGCGCCUUAUCUAACCAUAGGUGAAAUCGGGACCAUGGUUGUGGUUAUGGAAAAUCAAUCAAAUAGGUAUGAUUUUUAUGCUUUUCAGUGCUCCGCUCAUGAUGGUAGUGGAAAAAGUCAAGUCAUUAUGCUAAAUGAUCUGGGUUGCCCGAUCCAUCGCAAAUUAGUAGGGCCUCAACAGUUCGAUAAACUACGAUCUCAUGAAAUGAUAUCAUUUGCUCAUUUUAAAGUAUUUAAGUUUCCAGAUGUAGAAAACGUUUAUAUAGAAUGUUUUGUCAAAUUAUGCUUUCAACAAUGCCCCAAAGAAAAAUGUUGGAUAAUUAAAGGCCAUAGGGAACGAUUUCGACGUCAUAUUUACUCAUAUAAUGAUACAAAUAAAAAUGCAUGGACAAACAAUUCAAUCGAAGUUAAAACAUAUCAAAGUGUAAAUGUCAUAUUUCCCAAAUCCUCUGAAUCAAAUUUCAAAGCAAAACAUUUUUUGAGCCAGAGUUUAGAACCAGAUCCUGGAAAUUCAAAACAGGAACAGGAACAAGAACUUUGA